ACGCCAUCAUCGCACGCAGCGGCUACGACGAGCAGCAGCGACAGCAGAGCCAGCACAGCAGCUCUCCGUUAUUCCUGUCCAAUCAUUCACUUAUUGCUGAGAUGGAUUACACUGCUGCGGAUUAUUAGAGGCGUUUGAACUGGGUCUCUGUUUUGGCGGCGCACAAAGCAAUGUGGAGGAAAUAAAAAUCCUGGAACGCUGAAAACAAGAGAUUAUAGAUAAUGGGCUGUGUGCAAUGCAAGGAUAAGGAAGCAACCAAACUCACAGACGACAGGGACACCAGCAUCUCCCAGGGAGCCGGGUACCGGUAUGGGGCCGACCCCACGCCGCAGCACUACCCCAGCUUUGGGGUCACCGCCAUCCCCAAUUAUAACAACUUCCACGCCCCAGUCGGACAGGGGAUGACUGUCUUUGGGGGGGUCAGCACUUCCUCUCACACUGGAACCCUGAGGACUCGUGGUGGGACGGGAGUCACCCUCUUUGUGGCACUUUAUGACUACGAGGCGCGGACAGAAGACGACCUCAGCUUCAGGAAAGGAGAAAGGUUCCAGAUUAUCAACAGCACUGAAGGGGACUGGUGGGACGCUCGCUCACUCACCACCGGUGGCAGCGGAUACAUUCCCAGUAAUUACGUGGCUCCGGUGGACUCCAUCCAGGCUGAGGACUGGUACUUUGGUAAACUGGGCCGUAAGGACGCAGAGAGGCAGCUGCUGUCCACUGGGAACCCUCGAGGGACCUAUCUCAUCAGAGAGAGUGAAACCACAAAGGGUGCCUUCUCCUUGUCCAUACGGGACUGGGACGAUGUGAAAGGCGACCAUGUCAAACAUUAUAAGAUCCGUAAGCUGGACAGCGGCGGCUACUACAUCACCACCAGGGCUCAGUUUGAAACGCUGCAGCAGCUGGUUCAGCAUUACUCAGACCGAGCCGCCGGGCUCUGCUGCCGCUUGGUGGUUCCCUGCCACAAAGGGAUGCCCCGCCUCGCCGACCUGUCUGUCAAAACCAAAGAUGUGUGGGAGAUCCCACGGGAGUCUCUACAGCUCAUCAAGCGCCUUGGGAACGGGCAGUUUGGGGAGGUCUGGAUGGGAACGUGGAACGGCACCACUAAGGUGGCGGUGAAGACUCUGAAGCCUGGCACCAUGUCCCCCGAGUCGUUCCUGGAGGAGGCUCAGAUCAUGAAGAAGCUCCGCCAUGACAAGCUGGUGCAGCUGUACGCCGUGGUGUCUGAGGAGCCCAUCUACAUCGUCACAGAGUACAUGGGCAAAGGAAGCCUGCUGGACUUCUUAAAGGAUGGAGAAGGACGAGGGCUGAAGCUGCCCAACCUGGUGGACAUGGCUGCACAGGUUGCAGCAGGCAUGGCCUACAUCGAGAGGAUGAACUACAUCCACAGAGACCUCCGCUCGGCCAACAUCCUGGUGGGAGAUAAUCUGGUGUGUAAGAUCGCUGACUUCGGCCUGGCCAGGCUGAUCGAAGACAACGAGUACACCGCUCGGCAAGGUGCGAAGUUUCCCAUCAAGUGGACGGCCCCGGAGGCUGCGCUGUACGGGAAGUUCACCAUCAAGUCAGACGUGUGGUCGUUCGGCAUCCUGCUGACGGAGCUGGUCACCAAGGGUCGGGUGCCUUACCCAGGCAUGAACAACCGAGAGGUGCUGGAGCAGGUGGAGCGAGGCUACAGGAUGCCCUGCCCCCAGGACUGCCCCAUCUCUCUGCACGAGCUGAUGCUGCAGUGCUGGAAGAAGGACGCCGAGGAGCGGCCUACCUUCGAGUACCUGCAGGCCUUCUUGGAGGACUACUUCACAGCCACCGAGCCUCAGUACCAGCCCGGGGACAACCUCUAAACCCCACUCCCUCCUCCCGCUCCGUGUAGGCUGGGACAGGACUGGCUGAAUCAGUGCUGUUACACAAACUCUGGAGCCUUCCCAGCCUGGACUUUAUUUUAAGGAUCUGUACAGCUUCCUCAGCUCCACCAACAACCCCCUGAAAACACGACCCUCAGUCUCCGACACGCCCCCCAGUGUCUGAACUCUGCUAAUGCAACGUUUAGGGAGGUGGAGAGGUGGGAUGGAGGAUGGACGGAGUGAGCUGGGGUUGUGAAAAUGCAAUGAAAAUCCUGUAUUCAAUGUAAAUAAGAAAGGCUUGUUUUAGUUUAUUUGUUGCUUCUGUUUCAGAUUUUAUUUUCUCCUGCACAAAUAAUAAUAAUGACGAUGAAGAUGAUAGAAACGAUGAAGGAAGAGAAUCAUCAGGCACAGUGAGUCAGUCUGUGUAUUUUACUGUUUUCUCAUUCACAGAUUCAGCUGGAAGCCUCAAGAUUUUUAUUUUGGAUAGCUGUUAGAAUAUCACCCACCUAUUUUUGCUCUGUCUCCAGCUCCCAGUUUUUAGUGUUCACAGGUUUCACGCAGCGACCGUUCUCUUCUGAAGUCCUGCUCAGGUGGGGCACUCAAACAGUGCCGGGGUGUUUUACAGUUGAAUUUCGUACUCUGAGUUGUAUCAACAGGGAAUCAGACAAAUUGACUUCAUGCAGGUUUCUGAUCGAUCAUCAGCUGAAAAAACGGUGGGCCAAAUAGAUCAACUACAUUUAACAUUGGCAUUUAACCAUGUCUUAGCGAGCCUCAGUGUUCUACAUUACUACAGUGAUAUUAGCUUUGGGAACUGUGUGUGAAAAUAAUACCUUACCUUGGCCUGACCACACCUUUACUCUACAGUUUUUAAAGCUUUCAAAGUCAAUGUAAAGGCAGGAAUUAGUGCUACACAGGAAAUCACAAAAAUGCAUGCAGUAACUCUUUUUUGGCUGGGUAGGAGCCACAAACAGCCAGAUGUGUUUACUUCAGUCAUUUAACAUCCUCUGAAAUGUUCCAGAGAGUCUGGCUGCAGACUGCAGAUGCUUCCCCUCCUUGCAGAGCUCUGCUUUGAGACGCCAAAUCUGUCAGAACAGAAACACAUCCCAACAAUGUCAAAAUAAAUUCUGAUUAAUCAACCAGUUAGGGUUAGGGUAAAGGUUAAGAUAAGGGUUAGGAUACCAAAAGUUAAAAACCUGACGUGCAAAACCUGAUUACAAAAUGUUUAAUAAAGCUGAAUAAACAGUCUGCUCACAGGAAAAAUGGUUGUCCUCCAUAAAAACACCAUAACGCAGCUAACCUAGCAAAAACUAAAGCUAAUAAAGCUGUGUAAGCUUCGUAGAGCAACAUUUACAUAAUAAAUCCAAAGCUAAGCUAGGUUAUGCAGCUAUGUAGAUAAUGUAGCUAAAUUUAAAGCUAACAAGCUACAUAAGCUACGUAGCUUACUUAGAUUCCACUCAAAUGGAAACAAAUUUACUACAUAAGCUGCAAAGCUUAUGUAACUUAUGUUUACAAACCUAAAACUAACAAAGCUACAAUAGCUAUGUAGAUAAUGUAGCUACAUAACAAGUUAAAGCAAGGAAAGCUGUGUGAGCUACCAAGCUAUGUAGCUUACAUAGCGAAACCUAAAGCUAAGGAAGCUACAUUGGCUUUGGAGAUCACACAACUACAUAAACAAUGUAGCUAACAAUAAAAUCAAGUGAAGCUACGUUAGCCUCGUGGGUCAUGUAGCUUGCAUAGCUAAAUCUAAAGCCAACAAAGCUAUGUAAGCUACAUAACUAGGGACAAAAGUCAGAAAUUAUCAAUCUUUAUAAGCUCUGUGCAGCAUAGCAGCUCCAUGCUCUGUAAUGGAAUUAUGUUGAUCUGCAUCACCCCUGUUAAAUAAACUAAAUUAUUUAACUCAUUAACUACACUGGUUUUGCAGCUACAUAGAAAAUAUAGCUAAAGUUUAAACAGAUUAAGCUUUGUUAGCUAAAGCUUAAGCUAACAAAGCUACACAGGCUCAUGUAGUAAUGCUGACUGUGUAGCUAGCAAAGCUAGUUUAGCUUUAGCUAAAGCAAAUAAAGCCACUGUUGGCAUGACUGCCAGACAUUGUUAAUAAAUAAAGUAUUUUUAAAAGUAUACAGUAAAUCUUUUCUGAGCAAACGUUUUACCAGUAAAUUACGUCCCUAAGAGCAGCUCUUUUAUUCAAAGCUCUAUUUGUCAUUCAUUUCAAGUAAAGGCAGUAAACUCAAACGUCUUUGUCCCACUUUGUCUCAGGUAAAGUUUCUGAACUCCUCUGACUGAUAGCAGCCAGGAGGUACAAAAGAAGAAGAACUAAAACAGACUUAAUAAGAAGUCACCAAAUAAACAAUGUCAUAGCUUACAUAGGUUAACAUUACCAGGAUCAAGAUGCUACCUCUGUUAGCCUGUUAAUGGCAAAUUCUAUUUUAUGUUUGCAUCAAGCUAACAAACUAAAAUCUACUUAUUGAUCCAUCUGUGAGAAUUUAAGUCUCUGGCUUUAACUCAAACUGUAGUGAAAUUAUUGUUAGUGGCUUUCGAACAACAAUUUCACUUUCAGGCAUGGUUCAUCAAUAUUCUAUUAAAAAACAAGCUUUUUAAAAGUCUAAUCUCGUGGUCAGAUCUGGCUAAGCCUGUGUUCUAGUUUCACAAAUCUGCUUCAUGAUGCAUUUAGCCCUUUUAUGUUAAUCACAUCUGAACUGCAGCAGUGUAAGAUCAUUUUGGGUUUAUACUGUUGUAAUAAUGACUCACGGCAUUGCUGAAAGAACUUUUUACACCUCCAUGAUAAGCUCUCAUCUUAGCAUUUGCUGUUAUCCUGCAAUAGCACGAUGUCAUAGGGUUAGGGUUAUUAUAUGUCCCUGUAUUUCAGCUGACAGUGUGAGAGCACAGCAUAGCAGCAGCUCCAUUCACACAUACAGUUGGACAUGCAUUGCUGUGCUUCCUGCUGGCUCCACUGAUCCCAUUUUUGCAUUUUCCCUUGAUGUUCAUAGUAAAGGCGAAAUGUCAAAGAGCUUAAUAUAUACAUCGAAUGAGCUCAUGAAACUAUUACUCAGAGACAGAUAGACCAGUACUUUUCUGCCAAAUAAAUAUGCUUUCUGCCCAUCCUUGAAUUUUUAAUAAAGAAGAAUAAUCUGGAAAAUAUGCAACAGUAGCCCAGUAUGAAAAAUCAUAUUUCUCUCACAGGUUCAAGGUAGUUAAAUGUCUAUUAAAAUGUUUUUAAUCCUCAAAAAGAUAACCUUAUAUCCCUCAGGAGUUUCACUAUCCACUGUCUUUUCAGUCGAUGAUCAUGAAGGAAGCGUUGGUGUGAUUCAUAUUUGUCAUGCAGUAGACUGAUGUCCUCCUGACAACAGCGUUUAAACUUCACUGAGUGUGACAUCAGAGGAAAAUGGCUGCCUCUCAGUUAUGUUACAUUGGUGAGACUUCCUCAGACAAGCGUAAUGCAGUCCUCCAUCCACCGUCUUUAAUUCUCCCAAAGCUUCCUCAGAGUUUGAGUUUCAGGUCGUAAGGAGAAAAGAUCUCUACAAAGAUAUUCGUCACAUUUUUGGAUUCUCAGCAUAUCCCUCCUGUUGAUUAUUUUGAGAACCUCUGAGUGGAAGUGUUUCUGUGCCCCUGCCAUGAGUGUUGUUUCUGUCAGUCUGAAGUGUGACGUUAAUUUAAGAAGAGAGUAUGUACGUGUUGUUGGGAGGCGUCUCCUCCACUCGAGCCUGCAGACCCGACCUGCAGCUGCACCUGGACCACCUGACCUCCUGAGUUAUUCCUGCUUUACGUUCUUCUGACUGGGUUUAUUCUAUCAGUAUUUGAGUCUUUGCUUUUGAGAGAGUUUGUUUUAUUUAACCCUUUAAGUGAUCCUUAAGAGUCAGCUGUACUGUACAUUCAGAGGAGGUUUGAAGCCAAAUCACACCACAGAUCAGAAACAGAAGAUUUCAGCCAUUAAAUUCAUAAAUAAAUCCACUCAAACGGAGAAACAUAAACAAGGUAAAAAUGUCCAAGCUGAUGGAAACUCCUCGUUGUCUGUUGUACAGCUAAAAUGGUUUUACGUGUCGCUAACUUUCCUCCUUUAUAUCUUUUAAUUUCCAUUUUUUUAACAUAACUUGUUUUGUUAUUUCUGUGAUUUGGCGUUUGAGAUUCAGAAAAGAACAAUAAAAACA